AUGCCUGCACUACUGAUAGCUGGAAAGAAUAUUUUUUCUCUCCGAAACAAGGCCUUAGAUAUUGAAUGCGAAAAAAUUGGGACUCUACCCCACGAUGCUGUUUCCGCGGCUUGCUUUGAGACUGACAGUAUUUAUUAUGUCUCUGAGUAUUUACCAGAUUCUUUAAUGUCAUGGACUCCCACAGAGCCCGCUAAAUUCAUUACAAAGUUUCCAUAUUCAUUGAGAAAGAUUAUCUUCUACCAUAAUAAGGUGUUUUGUGCGCAGGCAAACAGCCAUUUUAUAUUCGCUUAUGACCCUCUCAGCUUGGUGAUUGAAACUCUGGAAAUGCCUUGUGAGGUCUUAAAUUUCGAACCAGGUGACAAUGGCUUUGUAAUUGAGAACAAAACAGGCGAUCUUUAUGGCUACAGUUUUGACAAUGGAAUGAAUAAGGUACAACAACUUGUGAAUGCAAAACUCAUAGGUAAUUACAGAAAUUCAGCAGUUGCUUUGGUAGCUUCAAAUAGUGAUGCAAUAAGCGUGACGGAAGAGGGAAAAACCUACUCUUCUACUCUUUCCUCAGUUGAAAAUUGCUUCGUUGUGGAGGAUAAUGAUGUGAUUCAAUUAGACAGACACAAAAAGGCUUUAAUUUAUCAUAAUGACCUUAGUCGUCCUAUUCCAUCUAGCUCGAAAUAUAUUCACCUACUUCAUACACCAACAAUGGAUACUGAGCAAAUUUGCACCAUGUGUUUGUGCGAGUUGGAUGAGUCCCCCAGUUUGACGUUGGAUUGUGGUCAUCAAUUCCAUAUUGAUUGUGUUUUGGAGUGGGUUAAUAAUUGGGAUGAAUUUAGAAAAAAGGGAAAUCAUAUUUCAUUUAACCGUGGGAUGUGUCCAGGGGGCUGCAAGCAUUUAGUUCGGCAUCCGCUGAUAUAUUCAACUUCGAGGGAUAUUAAGGAACUUUACGAUAAGGUGUCGCUUCAGAGGCGUGAAAUCAUUCAAGUUUUAUACACCACUAAAUCUCAAGAUGAUUUGCUCUUUUACGUUUGCAGUAAAUGUGCUGAGCCAUUUCUUGGGGGUGAAAACAGUUGUUUCCGCAUGCAGGGCGGAGAACCCGCAAAAGAUCCGAACAGCCUACUAUGUGAUAACUGUCAAACCGAUUUCUUCUGUCCUACACAUGGCCGAAAGUACGUUAUUUAUAAAUGCACCUAUUGUUGUAAUCCCGCCACUCAUCGAUCCUUUGCCACGCGUUAUCUUUGCGAUCGAUGCGAGGAGCGCUGGGUUGGUUCUACCGAGGUGGAUAAAAUUUCAUGCCCAGGGCCAAAUGUCUGCCCAUUAGGUGGGCAUCAUGAUACGACAUGUGCAUAUCCUGUUGGUUGUCUUUUAUGCCUACCUGAAUAUUUGUUGGCGAUAGAUUUUAUUAUUCCACCGUCUGGGAAUGGAGAUGAAAACAAACUAGCUCAAUAG